AUGGGGCGAAAUUUGUUGAUGAGCAGUUUAGAAAAUGCUUCUUUUAACAUAAUAUUUCAAAUUCUAUUUAGGGUCAUAACUUUUAUUAUCAAUGCUUGGGUGAUCAGGAAUGUUGGGCAUGAAGUUCUGGGUAUUAUGAAUGUGAGGCUACUGCUAUUGGAAAGUACCAUUCUAUUUUUGAGUCGGGAACCAUUCAACCGUGCGUGUCUUGGCCAGAAAGAUGAGUUCAGUUGGAGUCAGAUUAUUAAUCAAAUUUGGCUUUCUGUGCCUCUCAGUUGUGUGUUAUCAUUGGUUUUCGUAUAUAUCUGGCUGAAUUGGUUACCACUUGGUAGUCCAGAAUAUGCAUUCCAGUAUGCUUUUGGCUGCUGGAGCGUGGCCUUAUCAUGUGUCCUAGAGCUGUGCUCAGCAAAUAUGGUACUUGUGGCACAACUAUUUUGCUUUAUCAAGUUUAAAGUUGCACUUGACACAUUACAUAUUUUUGUUAGAACUAUUUUAUUUCUUUCUAUAAUAGUUUAUGACAGGUCUCUAGCUCUCAUUGCAUUUUCAGUAGCACAAGUUGGUAGUAUUGGAGCUAUAGUAUUAAGUUAUUAUAUCUUCUUUUAUUGGUAUAUUAAAAAUAAACCACUGUAUGCCAAAGGAGCUCUUAAGAGUAAGAUUGUACCUGAUCUUGUGCUGCAUAGACUGUAUGACAAUAUGGAUGAUUUUCAUUUCACAUCUCUUAAGGAUUUUCUUCCAAAAUAUUUAGGUACUGUUAAUGCUACUUUUAAUAAAAAAUUAAGCACUCUUACUUUUAGUUUUGCUAAGCAAGGAGUAGUCAAGCAACUAUUGACUGAGGGAGAAAAAUAUGUGAUGUCAGUUAGCCCUGUGAUGAGCUUUUCAGAACAAGCAACCUAUGAUGUGGUAAAUAACCUUGGCAGCCUAGCAGCCCGGUUUAUUUUUAGACCCAUUGAGGACAGUAGCUAUUUUUAUUUUACACAGAUGGUGAGCAGAGACUUACCUCUUCACAAGCAAGAUAAGUACAAAAUACAAGAGUCUUGUUCAGUGUUGUCACAAGUGUGUAAAACUGUCAGCUCUAUUGGUCUAAUUGUUUUAGUGUUUGGUCAAAGUUAUGCCUGUACCUUGCUGACUUUGUAUGGGGGGGAGGUGUUUGUGGCGAGUGGGCUGCCUGUGCAGCUGUUGCGCAGCCACUGUCUGGCCAUAGUCCUGCUCGCCAUCAAUGGCGUCACUGAAUGCUACGCAUUCGCCACCAUGACUAGCGCUCAACUGAAUAGUUACAACUAUCUAAUGGUAUUCUUUUCCAUAAGUUUUCUAGUGUUAUCCUAUGUCUUGACUUAUGUUUUUGGACCAGUAGGUUUUAUAAUUUCUAAUUGUAUAAAUAUGUUUGCUAGGAUUAUGCACAGUAUUCACUUUAUAAACAAUAAAUACAAAGACACGGGUUACAAGCCUUUGGAAGGACUUUAUGUAGGAAAAAUAUUUCUUUUGACAUUAUUUGUGGCUGGCUGCAUUUGUAAACUUUCUGAAAAUAAGUUAUCGCAUAGCUCCAUGAUUAUGCACAUUGCUAUUGGAGCCGUUUGUUUCUUUUGUGUGCUUCUGUCAUGGGCCUAUGAGAAUAAAGAUUUUGUUGUUAAAAUGUACAGGAAAAUUACGAAUAAAGAAGAUAAAGAAAAAUUGGCGCGCGACUAGCAUUCGGUUAUUAUUAAACUAACAUAAGUUAUAUUUUCCAGAAUGUAUAUUGGUUGUAUAUUAAUAUAGAUAGACAAGUUACAAUUAUUAAUAA